CCUCUCCGCUCGGCACGCCCACAAGGCAGCAACGUGAUGCGUCACUGCGUUUACGUUUGGUCGUGACGCCAAGUCUCGCGCGAUGAGGCUUUUGGUGUGGGGAUUUUCUGAAAGACAGGGGGAGGAGCAGGCGUCUUGUGGCUAACAGUUUUGCCGAAGGUUUUCAGAAUGUUGGGUCAGUGAAAGGCCGGAAAAAAAAAUUGGGUCGUUUGGUCCUGUCGCUGUAAAAAUGGCUGAAGACAAAGCUGCUCAGAACUCCCUAGAUCACAGUAAUACUGAUAGACGGCAAAACCAGUGGCGAGGCAAGGCAGAUCACCAUCCACAAGAAGAAGUUGCAUGUCAGUCAGGAGCAGCUGCUUCAGAUUUCAACUUCCUUCCUGGACAAAGUAUACCUGUAUCUCAUGUAGGAAAACAGAUGUCUAGAGAGGAGAAUACAGAAGACACAAGAGCUCAGACAACAUUACAGGGGUCCAGUCCAAUGCCAAUGAGUUUUGGUAAAAUCGACAAAGACAUGUUGAUCUGCAGGCCACAGGCAUAUAAUGUGGCCCAGCAGGCUAAGAAUAAUGAUGUGCCCACAAGAAAAGAAAUUGGAUCUCCAGAGGAGUCAAAUCAGAGAUACUGGGGCUUGUUUCAAUGCUCUUUCUGCAAUUUUGUUUUUCAAGACCUUUCUGACCUUGUGCAGCACCAGGAAACUCACAAUCAGGACAAGUUUCAGGGCAUUGGCCAAGAACUUGUGCAGCUGGAUCAAACGGAGAGUGCUCAUUGUGAGUGGAGGCAGUACCGUUGCAUUGUGUGUGAUAAGACUUUCUGCAAACAGUCCUCGCUAGUCACUCACCUUCGUAUACACACAGGUGAAAAACCAUAUUCUUGUCAUGUAUGUAGAAGGAAGUUUAAUCAACGCACAAGCCUAACUGUUCACCUUAGAACACAUACUGGUGAGGCUCCAUUUCGUUGCCCCACGUGCAAUAAGAGUUUCAGACAGCAAUCCAACCUUACACAUCACAUGAAGAGCCACCAAAGAGCUGAUGAACUUGAUGGAUGUGACUGGAGUGAAGAAAACAGAGCCCCAGGAUUUCCACUGAUGUAUCUUGUUUCGGAAGGGGAUGAAUUCAGCAAUGAAGUAUGGGGCUCCAAGGCACCUAUUAUCAAAGGGGAUAAAGAAGAAGAGUUUGCUUCUUGCAAAAGACCCUUUGUCUGUGGACACUGUUUUAAGCGCUUCACACACCAGUCCAAUCUUAUGGUUCAUCAGCGCAUUCAUACAGGGGAUCGUUCUUAUCGUUGCCAAGAAUGUGGUAAACAUUUUACAAGGCGGACUAGCUUGAUGGUUCACUUGAGAGGGCACACUGGUGAGAUGCCGUACUCCUGUCAGCAAUGUGGUAAAAGUUUUCGGCAGCAAUCCAAUCUCCUCUACCACAUGAAGAGUCAUGCUGGACAAAAUGAUGCAGCUACAGGCAAUACAAGCAAAAAUAUAGUGAAACUUUCAGGGCAGCUGAUUGGGCCAUCAGGUCAGUAUGUGGAGAGAGAAAAUCCACGUCCAGAAAACCUUGGCAGUAAUGGAGUUGCUAAAGUUCCUGAGAACCAAAUGAGGGUUUAUCAAUGCAACCAGUGUUCAAGAUGGUUCCCUAGCACUUCCAGUCUCUUGCUUCAUCAAAAGUUUCAUAUGGAACAGCCAAGUAACAUUAUGCAGAGCAGAGAAGUUCAGGUUCAAUACCCCAUAGGUAUAAGCCAACCACAUACUUUCACAGGGAACGUGCUUAUUUCCCAACAAGAACAAGAAAGGAGUCAACAGCAACAAUUCAGACUUUUCUCUCGAAUGGAUGGAGGAAACAAUGUUCCAGGAACGCUUAAUAGCUCUGCACCAAAAGUCAGCCCACAGCCAGGAUCCUUCUCUGGGUAUCGUAAACCUGGAAGUGCAGCAGACGUGGGGCCUAUUAAGGGAUCUUUCCAAAUAAGGGGUAGAGGAAGACCUAGGAAGAAUAUCUGGUUAGGGUCAGGACAAACAGCCAUGGGAGGUCUCGGAACAGUGAAAUCUAUUCAUAAAUGUUGGAAGUGCCCUCGACGUUUCAAUAAUAGAUCAAAUUUAAUUGUCCAUUUACGAAUCCACACAGGGGAAAAGCCUUAUCAGUGCUGGAAGUGUGACAAAAGGUUUCGACAACAAUCGAACCUGAUCCAGCAUCUUCGAAACCAUGAGGAGUUCCGUGAUGAAGAUGAUGUUGCAAGACCAAAGAAGGAAAUGAAUAGACCAAGGCAAAGUGGGAAGAAUUUUCACAAUACAGAAAUGCUUUCUUCAUCUGGUGCACCCCAAACUCACUGGAGUUUUUUUCCUUUAGCUGAUGGGAACGUUGUGAAUCAAAACCGACAGUUGCUGGAGGUGUCCCCAGUCUCACGGUUAGAGGAUGCUGCAUCUCACAGUGACUGCAGCAACGAGACCAUAGGGAAUGAAUCCAUUCAUCUCCCAGCUGAGGGGUCCUAUAAGUGUGGCAGUUGCUUUAAGACAUUUAACCACAAAUCCAACCUGUUGGUCCAUGAGCGUAUCCACUCAGGAGACAAGGCCUAUCGUUGUCAGGAAUGUGGGAAACAAUUUAGUCAACGUACUAGUUUAAUGGUGCAUCUCAGGACACAUACAGGGGAGAUGCCCUACUCCUGCCAGCAAUGCAGGAGGCGUUUUCGUCAGCAGUCUAAUUUACUUUACCACAUAAAGACCAACACAGUCCACGGGCAGCUUAAAUGUACAGCAGAGAACUUUAUUAACUCAGUUUCUAGAAUUGAUUCUGGGGAGGAGAAUAGAAUUUGUUCUGAGGUGGACUCGGUUCCUGGACAAGCACAGGCUUGGAUGCAUCUAGAACCAAGUUCUAAGGCUGAAACUGCACCAGCCUUGACCCAGGAGGCAGUAAAGGAGGAGUUUUCCUGCCCUGACUGCGACAAAGUAUUUAUUCAUCAGUCAAACCUGCUAGUCCACCAACGAAUCCAUUCUGGAGAACGGGCAUACCGAUGCCAUGAGUGCAACCGCCAGUUCAGCCAGCGCACUAGCCUGAUGAUACAUUUGCGCACUCACACCGGAGAGAUGCCCUAUGCUUGUCAGUGUUGUGGCAAGAGAUUCCGCCAGCAGUCGAAUCUGUUGUAUCACUUAAAGAGCCAUGCCAACCAGAUGUCUGGCCUGGAUGUUAUUGCAAGUGCAGAGUAUGUAGUUCCAAAGACAAGAGGUCGACCACGCAAAUGUGAUUCCAACGAUGAGAGGCGAGCAAAAAAUAUUAUGCCGAGGGGCAAACGUACCUUUAAGUGCGUGGAGUGCCCACGGCGCUAUAACUUAAUGUCCAACUUAGUUGCUCAUCAGAGAUCCCAUGAUCGGCAAGCACUGCAUACGUGUUCAGAUUGUGGGGAAGGUUUCCUUCAGCAAAGUUACCUCACCGUGCACAAGAAACGCCACACCGAGCGAGACCUUCCGGACCAUGCUGGCCAGUUUUGUUGGAAACAGAACCAAGAGUUGAUCAGAAACCCAAGCGUAGAGGAAGAGAGGGGAGUUCUUUAUACACAACAUGAAAAGUAACCUAAUUGCUAUUUUCCGAAUCUUUGGUACACAUACAAAGGGAGACCUGACCUGUUAAGAUGCAAGAGCAAUAUUUUUUUUUUUAAGUAGACCAGGUUUUUGGGGGAGUGAGCUGCAAACAUGGGUUCUUUACCAUCUUGGUUCCUUAAAAAUGCAGAAUAAGAGUUGCCUCAACUCUUCAGCUGAACUCCUCUUGAAAGCCACAAAUUUCAGGCAAUGACUAUUCUGAUCUUGUGCGAUGCUGUCUAAAAUUUGCUGUUGACCUGUGCCAUUCCUUUUUACAUGUAGAAUUGUGUUGUCCGAUGUGUGUCUUUUGCGUGUUGCUGAAAUACAGCAAAGCUUAUCCUCCAUACAUGGCAGCAGUGAUGCAAAUUGUAGUUGAGUAACAACCGAGGGGACAACGUUUGAACUCCUCUGUCUGAACUUUGUGAAAGGUGGGUUAAUAAACUAUAACCCAUAUAUGGGUUAAGUUACUAUAGCCACUUGGCUAGUGAACAAACACCUUCAUACCAGUGAAUGAUGCGAUAGGUAGUUUGUAACACUUGGCUCAGAGAACAAGUCAUGUAAAGCAGUGCUUCUUUCUUAGAUAAUCCUAAAGCUUCAAAUUCCCCUGUUGUUUUUAUAUAAUUACGGUAACACGGGAAGCACUUUUUAUUCAACGUAUAUAUUAAAAGCAACUCCAGAUGGUGCCCAUGAAAAACAAAAACUGAAACUUCUGUUUUAAUUGGACAAAAUAUUAAUUCCAGCAUGUGGUGGAAUAAAAAAAGAAAGCUUUGAAAAAAAAAA